AUGAGGAACAGGGCUACUACGCCGCUAAAACCGGUGUUCAAGCCGAAAAUCCGUCAAUCAUGGAGCAAAUACAACUUGUUCAACCUUCAGCGGAUGCGCAUCGCCAACACUAAUUUUCAGACCUUUUUCCAACAGAAAUGGGCAGCCAAGUCCGCUGCUCGAGCAUACCAUGGUGAACAGGUCCCGGAGGCUCAAUGGCAACGGAUGUUCUCCCCCCGUCUUCGCGGCGUGGUACCCAUGGACCCUUUCAAACUGGCGCAGGAUGACGGAUCGGCGAUGGCUGCCGGCCGUGGAUCGGGUCUCUCCCUAGAUUCGGAGACGAACCAGCGACGCACGUCAACCCGGUUAACCCCCUACACUCAGAUGACGUUUGCUCCUUUGGAGCGUCGGUUGGAUGUGGCUAUCUUCCGGGCAAUGUUUGCCAGUAGCACCCGACAGGCUCGACAGUUCGUCAUCCAUGGUGCGGUGACUGUGAAUGGAAAGAAGAUGAGAUAUCCCGGCUACCUCCUCAACCCCGGUGAUCUCUUCCAGGUGGAACCCGAACGUGUCAUGUUUGCUACCGGUGCUCCAAAAGACAAGCACGAACGUCGAGAAACCCGGGUGGCCCGGAGAAAGGCCGCGGAGACCCAGGAAGCGGAGGCCGCCGAGGAGGGGGCAGCUGUCGAGGAGUCGAAUAAACAGAAGGAAUCGGAGAACGAGGGCCAGGAUAAGAAGGACGAGGAGAACCCCCGGGAGAUGUUGAAGGCUCUGCUGGAGCAGGCCAAGGUCAUCAUGGCUGGCAACAAACAGGUGCUUCCCGCCAAACGCAAGCAGGAGCUUCGAGGUUUCCAGAAGGCGAUCAAACGAGUCUUAUCUCGCUCCGAUUCUAGCACUGUUCUUACCGACAGUCUGGAGACGCAGUUCUCGGAGCUGACCACGCUCUUGAAGGCCAAGCGGGCCGAGGGAAAAGAAUCGAAGAACACCAAGGAAUCCAAGCCGGAGCAGUCACGCGACAAGGCUUCGACAGCCGCUGAUGGUGAAUCCAAGCCUGGAGAGGCACUGAGCGAGGCCUUCCGGAAGGCCGCCGAGAACCCCGAAGAGGAGGUGGACACGUCUGAGCUGAGCGAUGAGGAGUUCGACGUGCUCAAGCGGGCGCUCGUACAGAUGCGUGACAACCCCAUUGACAGCACGAAGCCCUACGCAACCCCGUGGCGCCCUCGCGACUACAUGAGCGCCUUCGCCUUCAUCCCCCGCUACCUGGAGGUUAACCAUAGCAUCUGUGCGGCGGUGUACCUGCGACACCCGGUGGCUCGACCUGGCGUCGCGGAGGUGCCCUCGCCGUUUAGCGAGCAAGUGACCACGCCAGCCUUUGUGUGGUACCUGAGACGACGGUAG